UACGAUACAGUUGUCGCCCUUGAACACACAACAUGGCAGGUUCCCGGUUGCCACCGGAGAAGCUGAAACAUGCUAUGUCAUUAUCUAGGUUCAUGCUGCGGUCCCAGGUACUGAAGUUGUACAGAGACAUGAUGCGGAUUGUGUAUAAUCUACCUGACCUCGACCAGCGCAAAGCUCUCAAGGACUUCAUCCGCCACGACUUCGAAUGUAAUAAAAAUGUUGAGGAUGAGGAGGCCAUUAAAAUGUUUAUCAGUAAAGGAAAAAUAUCUCUCAGAGAGCUCGAAAAUACCGUUCCUAGGGGAAAAUGACAACAUUAUUUCAAAAAAAAUCUAUACACAAAGGAAAACAGGAGAGAUGGCAAUGAAAGUCUCAUACAGAACCAAACCAGAUGACUGUCCAUUCAUGAUGUCUGACACAAGCCUAGGAUCUGGCCAAUCAUAACAUCUGAUACAAAUAAAUAACGUCUGGUACAAGCCAAAAGUCAGGCCAAUGAAACGUCCGAUAAAUAGCCAUAAUAUCACAACACAUUAAGCCAAGUCUUCAUGAUAAAUGAGAAUUAAGCUGGGCUUGCGACAGAAUGUGAGGUUAUUGGGGCGUGUCACAGAAGCUAAAUCCUUAAACUUGGAGACCAACAGGAAAAGAAAUUGGAAAGAUCUGAAUGGAAUGUUUCAGAUGACGAAAAAGGAAAGAAUAUGAAAUGUAUGAAAUGUAUUGAUUUAGUGACAAAAUGGAAGGGAAUAUUUUCAGCCCAAAGGCAAUGACGUGAGGUGACCUUGACACCAUUUAGCUGUCAGUCCAUUUAUCGUGUGUAAUUUUCUGUGAAGGUCUUGGUCCAAAGGUUUUUUUUAUAAAGAAAAACGGAAGUGCAAGAGAAAAUUGAAAUAUGUGCAUGUUCCAAAUAACUUCAAGCAUCUCGUUUAUUUUCAUAUCCUUAAUUUUUAUACAACUUCAUUACCAAAUACUGGUAUAUGUGUAUGUAUUUUGUUAUUAAAAUUACAUAA